CACGCAAGCUACCUGAUAACCGUGGAGCCGUUGGCUACCAUUAGAGGGUAAGAGACUCUAGUAGGCUCUAGUUGUUCCCCACCUUCCAUCCGACGACUCCCUCAAGGGUUCCCACCUGCCUCCGUCUUUAACUCCGUAACCUUACCUUACUCACGGUGGUGAGCUCGAAUCCCAUCGCUCCAUGCUCCGUAUUGCCGUUUAUUUGGUCCAACACCAACACAUUAUCUUCCGGACUUUAUCAGUGUCGGUCUUCCCUCCUGAUUUCCACUUCUGUUAUCGCACUCUUAAAUAUCCGGAUCUCUCUCCGGGAGGUGCGGACCCCUACGACCGUGUCAUUCAGCCCGUCCAGCAUUUCUUAUCCCCGCCGUCUGAUCAAUCGGUUUGCGACACCAACCCUCCGAUAUCAACAAACACAGCCUUCCAGAUAGUCCCCCAUGCCGGACUCAAAUGAGAAGGGAGCUGGCAUCACCGGCAACAAACGUCCGCGAAGCGACGACGCCGAUGGGGACGAAACAGCGCCUCAGCAGGAAAUACCCGAUAAUGCGAGCGUUCCCAAGCCAAAACGGCUGGCAUGUAUGAUAUGUCGGAAGCGCAAGCUCAAGUGCGAUGGAGUCAGGCCUAGCUGCAGUACCUGCUCCCGUCUUGGUCACACUUGCGCCUACGACGAACAGCGGAGGAAGAGUGGUCCUAAGCGUGGUUACGUCAAGGCUCUGGAGGAGCGACUGAAACAAGUCGAAACGUUGCUGAAAACCCAGGAACCUCCGCAGAAUAUUCCAAAGAACAUCAAUGUUGCAAUGUCCGGACCACCUCAGACAGCAUCCCCUGCGAAUCUUAAUAUCUCAAAUGCGCCUAUAAACCUUACUGGGGAUCAUAGUAUGGACCAACACUGGAACUUCACCGAUAAAUCGCCACAGCAAGGAGCCAUGGACGACUUCAAUUUCAAUGCCAGUCUAGAUAUGGGCAUGAACAAUGUUGGUGGUACUUUCACAUGGGAAAUGAUUGGUUUGGGUCUCGAGGAGCCUCUGCCUCCCCAAGAAACCAUUGACGAGCUUCACCAGAUUUAUUUCGAGAAGGUUCAUCCGUCUAUUCCCAUGAUUCACAAAUACCGUUACCUUGCCGCCAUGAAUCUCGCUCCGAACCAAAGGCCACCGGUUUGUCUGCGGUAUGCCAUGUGGACUCUCGCAUGUACCAUAACAGAUAAAUAUGCAGAUCUGAAAGAUCUCUUCUACCGUAGAGCGCGGAAGUAUGUUGAAGCGGAUUACGUCAAGGGUUAUGGAGAACACAUGAUCUCUAUUGCUCACUGCCAGACACAUACUCUGCUGGCCUCUUAUGAAAUGAAGAUGAUGUAUUUUCCCCGGGCCUGGAUCAACACUGGCUCUGCCAUCCGCCUGGCUCAAAUGACUGGUCUCCAUAGACUGGACGGAACGGGCCUCGACGUCAAGCAAUGCCUUGCACCACCGAAGGAUUGGACAGAACGAGAGGAACGACGUCGAACAUUCUGGAUGGCUUUCUGUCAAGACCGGUAUGCUAGUAUUGGCACGGGCUGGCCCAUGACCAUUGACGAACGCGACAUCAUGACCAAUCUCCCUGCUUCAGAAGAUGCCUUCAUCAUGAGCAAACCUGAGCAGACACAGUCGCUAUCAGAAUGCACUAGCCCCAUGGGUGCAGGUAAGCUGUCGCCGUUUGGAGGUAUCGUGCUCAUGGCCUGCCUGUUUGGCAGAAAUUUGGUACAUCUGCACCGUCCUGAUGCCGAUGACCUUGACAACGACCUGAAUGGUCCGUUCUGGAAACGACACCGCCAGAUGGACAAUAUUCUCCUCAACACAUCCCUUUGUCUUCCUCCCCAACUCAAGCUUCCCACUGGUUUGUCGAAUCCUAACAUUGUCUUCACAAAUAUGAGCAUCCAUACCUCGACCAUCUGUCUGCAUCAAGCCGCUAUCUUCAAAGCGGAGAAGAACAACUUGCCCGCGUCGGUCAGUGCCGAAAGCAAAGUUAGAUGCAUCACAGCUGCCAACGAGAUUGCCAGCAUCAUGCGCAUGAUUUCCCAUAUGGAUCUCUCAACAGUAAACCCGUUCAUCUCCUUCUGCCUAUACGUAUCGGCGCGAGUAUUUGUACAGUACCUUAAGAGUCGACCGGACGACAGCCAAACGGCAGACUCACUUCGCUUCUUGCUCUCUGCAAUGAACGCGUUGAAACGCAGGAAUCCAUUGACUGAGUCGUUCCUCGUUCAGCUCGAUGUCGACCUCGAAGCACUUGCACUGAGAAUCCCCAAGCUGAAGACAGCCUUCCCACGCAACAACGAUGGUCCUACCAAUCCAGGAGCACCCAGAGGUGCUAGGUGUGAUAACCCGGAAGGAAUGCAGGGCAUAGCAGCAUAUCGUAAUGAAUGCAACUAUAUGCAACCCUCGACAGGUGACGGAAACCAACCGGAUCUUGUUGAGCCUAAUCAUAGCGUACCAGAUAUCACGACUGCUGAAGAGAGCUUCGCUACGCAGGCUUGGAUGUCGUCUGACCAACAAUUACCCAUUCUUACACCUAGCUCAGGGGCGACAUUCGAAAAGACUGGAUCUGGCAGUCGAACGAUGUCUGGUUUUGGCGAUGUAACAGGUGAUAGCCAAGAUGCUUCAGGAUCACCUGAUGGAUUGACAUCAAAUCGACCUACACCAAAUUCGAGCUCAGGAUCUGACCAACGGAACCAUCUGGCCCCUGGACAGCUGAACGGAUCCGGACGCAACUCUUUCAACGCGAGCCCAAUGUCGCCGAAUCAGACUUUGAUGAACCCGAGUGUUCUCGAUGGGAGCACACAAGGAUUCUUUUCAGACACAGCUGGAUUUACGAUGCCGACCAACCUUGACCAGAGUGGAGGUUUUUCAAUGCCUGAUGGCUGGGGAGACAUUCAAGGACAAUCAGGGAUACCACAAGUUGGCGAGGGUGUCUUACGGGCCUUGAUGAACAUGGGACCAAUGGACGCCAUGGAUUUGGGAACAUGGGAAACAAAGGAUACCUGAAUUCGGUGAAGAGGGAAAUAUUGCAGGCGAGAUUGUUGGGCAAGCAAAACAUGGCAUCGAGAGCCUAGCCGGGAUCCAACAAUUAUCAUAAAACGAAAGAGAAGGAGGUGAACACACCAAAGAUCAGAAUUGGCACCAGGGGCGUUUAUACGGGACAAACGUAUCGGCAACUUUGUACACUAUGGGUUGGGAGUCUCAUGGAGGACUUACCAUGUAUGUUUUGAGUAAUUCUGAAGGAUACCCGGGUUCUAAUGACAAUGAAACACCACUAUUACGACCAUAAUAGGUGCAGGGAAGGAGAAGAGCUGCGUUAUUGGAUACCGGCGUGCCGAUGUUGUCCAUGCUCUCAAGGCGAUCCUGCUGGGCAUAGUAUUAAUCAAUUCAAGAGCCACGCCCGGUUAGCUCAAUCGGUAGAGCGUGAGACUCUUACGAGU